UUAUCUAGAUUAACUAUAUUUAUGUCUGGAUUAAAUGCGAAUUUUGAAUUUGAUUUAAAAAAAAUUAUUGCUUUAUCAACUUUAAGUCAAUUAGGUUUAAUAAUAAGAAUUUUAUUUUUAGGAUUUAAGUUUUUAGCUUUUUUUCAUCUUUUAAUACAUGCAUUUUUUAAAGCAUUAUUAUUUAUAUGUUCAGGAGUUUUUAUUCAUGGAUUGAAUAAUUUUCAGGAUAUUCGUUUAUUAGGUUCAAUAUUUAAUCAAAUACCUUUUACUUCUAUUUGUUUUCAUUUUUCUAAUUUAUCUUUAUGUGGAUUUCCUUUUUUAGCUGGGUUUUAUUCUAAGGAUAUAAUUUUAGAAAUAAUUUUAAUAUUAAAUUAUAAUAUAUUUAUUAUAUUUAUUUUUUUUAUUUCAACUUUUUUAACAGUUUCUUAUACUUUCCGUUUGAUUUAUUUUUCAAUAUUAGGUUGAUAUAAUAUAAUUAGAUUAAAUUAUUUAAAUGAUUAUGAUGCUUAUAUAAAUAAUUCAAUAUAUUUUAUAAUAUUGAUAGUAAUUUUAGGGGGUUCUAUAUUUAGUUGAUUAAUUUUUCCUUAUAGAUAUACCAUUAUUUUGCCUUUUUAUAUAAAAAUUUUACCAAUUUUAAUUAUUUUUUUAGGUAUAUUAUUUGGAUUUUUUAUUUAUUAUUUAAAUGUUAAAAUGUUUAAGUUAAAGUUUUAUUUUUUAAAGAUAUUUUUUAGAACAAUAUGGUUUUUACCUGUUAUUUCUACUUAUGGUUUAAUUAAAAACAUUAUAUUUAUAAAUAAAGAAUUAACAUUAAAUUUUAAUCAAAAUUGAUUAGAAUUUUAUAAAAGAAGAAUAAUUAUAAUUUUUAUGAAAAAUUUUUAUAUAU